CUGGACAGAAGGGAGACCUGUGCCGGUCUCCCGUCUCCUCAGGUCUGAACUGCGGCAGCAUCUGUACCCUCUGUGCGCGGACACCAAGACUGGCACCUUGUAUGGCCUAGUGCGUUCUGCCUGCGUUACCUGCCGAUUCCUACCCGACCGUAUUCUACCCAUUUCCUGGAAGAGCUGAGGCCUCAGUUCACACCGAGGCCCCAGCCCCUCUCUCACUGGCCCUGAGAAGGCCCGGCCUUAAGGAGAGGGUGAUGGAAGGGUCCCCAGAGGAUGGGGGUGAGUCCCCAGACACCCAGGGUCAUGCCACCGACUGGAGGUUUGCUGUGUGCAGUUUCAGGGAUGCCUGGGAUGAGGAAGAACCUGCUUCGCAGAUGCAGGUUAAAGACCCUAAUCCCACAAGACCACCAGCAGGGGCAGCCCAGGGUGAUGGGCUACAGUGCAGCCCCUUGCCUGGAGAGUUUCAGUCACCCCCAGGACAGAUGGCUGCAGAUGGGUCAGGGGAUGGCCAGAGGAGCACCUUAGGAGGUUCCUCAGUCAAGUCAGAGGAACCAGCCUUCUCUGAAGUUGAGAGCCUUCUAUGCCCAAUGUCCUCCCACCUCAGCCUGGCACAGGGCAAGAGUGCCAGCCAAGGGGGAGGGUUGGCAGGGGACCCAGUUCCAGGCAGGGUAAUGCCAGCCAGCUUGGGUCCUGAGGGGUUGGAAAGUGACCCUGUGGACCUUGGAGACUCUUCAUCUGAGACGUCAUCAGAGCUGCUGGAGUCAGACCGCAGUAGAUCCAGCCUCUCUAAGCCCACUGACUACCUCCUGGCCCAAGACCUCACCUGGGAGCUGCUGGCCAGUGGCAUGGCAGCCCUACCAGGGACUCGGGAUGUAGAAGGUCGAGCAGUACUGCUUCUCUGUGCCCAUAGCCCAGCCUGGCUUCACCCCAAGUGCAGCAGCCGUGAACUCUUCCGCCUCCUGCUUUACCUGCGAAGCAUCCCCAGACCUGAAGUACAGGCCCUGGGACUGACCGUGCUAGUGGAUGCCAGAAUUUGUCCCCCGAGCUCUUCCCUCUUCUGGGGGCUCAGCCAACUGCAAGAAGCAGCCCCAGGGUCGGUGCACCAGGUGCUCCUAGUGGGAAAGAUGCCUGAGGAGGUGCCUUCAGGGCUGCAGCUAGAGCAGCUGCCCUCUCAUCAGAGCCUGCUGACCCACAUCUCUACCUCGGGGUUGCCCACUUCACUGGGAGGAGGCCUGCCUUACUGUCACCAGGCCUGGCUGGACUUCCGGAUGCGUCUGGAAGCCCUACUGCAGAGCUGCCAGGUGGUUUGUGCCCUGCUCCAGGGGGCCAUUGAGAGCGUGAAGGCUGUGCCUCAGCCCAUGAAGUCUGGGGAAGUCAGUCGGUUGCUACGGCAGGCACGGGUCCUGAUGCAGCAUGUGCUAGACUCGCCACGGCUGGCAUGGCUACAGUGCCAGGGGGGAUUGGAGCUGGCAUGGCUGAAGCAGGAGGUCCCAGAGGUGACCCUGAGCCCAGACUACAGGCCAGCGGUGGACGAGGUCGAUGAGCUGUAUGGGCGUGUGGACGGACUGCUGCACCAACUCACCCUGCAGAGUAACCGUCGAGUACAGGCACUGGAGUUGGUCCAGACGCUGGAGGCCCAGGAGGGCCGGCUGCACCAGAUUGAAGUGUGGCUACAGAAGGAGGGCUGGCCAGCACUUGAGAAGCCAAGGGAGCCCUCACUGGACAUGCUGCUCCAGGCUCAAGGCCCCUUUCAGGAGCUGGACCGGGUUGCCCAGGAGCAGGUCAGGCGAGGUGAGAAGUUUCUGCAGCCACUGGCUGGCUGGGAGGCAGCUGAACUGGGCCCCCCUGGGGCCCGCUUUCUGGCCUUGCAAGCCCAGCUGACUGAAUUUUCUAGGGCUUUGGCCCAGCGGCGGCAGCAGCUGGCAGAUGCUGAGAAGCUGUUGCAGUUCUUCAAGCAGGCUUCGACAUGGGCUGAGGAGGGGCAGCGGGUGUUGGCAGAGCUGGAGCAGGAGCGCCCAGGGGUCGUGCUGCAACGGCUGCAGUUGCAUUGGACCAAGCACCCUGACUUGCCUCCUGCCCACUUCCGAAAGAUGUGGGCUCUGGCCACAGGGCUGGGCUCCGAAGGCAUCCGCCAGGAGUGCCGCUGGGCCUGGGCGCGGUGCCAGGACACCUGGCUGGCCCUGGACCAGAAGCUAGAGGCUGCCCUGAAGCCACCACCAACAGGCAGCACAGCUAGCCUGUGUGUCAGUCGGGUCCCUGCUGCACCUGCCACCCCUCCCCUGAGGAAGGCAUACAGCCUUGAUCGGAAUCUGGGGCAGAGUCUCCGAGAGACUGCCCACCAGUGCCACCAUGGGGCCAUUGUGGCUGCCUGCCAUGGACCAGAGGUCGGAGGUGGUGCCCAGCCAGGGUCAUCCCCUACCAUGCCUCCAUCAGGCAGCUCUGACCCCAGGAGCCCCAACAGGCUCCAGCUGGUGCUGGCGGAGAUGGUGGCUACAGAGCGGGAGUAUGUCCGUGCCCUUGACUACACCAUAGAGAACUACUUCCCUGAGCUGGAUCGCCCUGAUGUGCCCCAGGGCCUCCGUGGCCAGCGUGCUCACCUCUUUGGCAACCUGGAGAAGCUGCGGGACUUCCACUGCCAUUUCUUCCUGCGUGAGCUGGAGGCCUGCACGCGGCACCCACCCCGGGUGGCCUAUGCCUUCCUGCGUCACAGGGUGCAGUUUGGGAUGUAUGCCCUCUAUAGCAAGAAUAAACCUCGCUCUGAUGCCUUGAUGACCAGCUAUGGUCACAUCUUCUUCAAGGACAAGCAGCAAGCACUGGGGGACCAACUGGACUUGGCCUCCUACCUUCUGAAGCCCAUCCAGCGCAUGAGCAAGUAUGCACUGCUGCUGCAGGAGCUGGCACGGGCCUGUGGGGGGCCCACGCAGGAGCAGAGUGCCUUGCGGGCCGCCCAGAGCCUCGUGCGCUUCCAGCUGCGACAUGGCAAUGACCUGCUAGCCAUGGACGCCAUCCAGGGCUGUGACGUUAACCUCAAGGAACAGGGGCAGCUGGUGCGACAGGAUGAGUUCACAGUGCGCACUGGGCGCCACAAGUCCUUGCGCCGUAUCUUCCUCUUUGAAGAGCUGCUGCUCUUCAGCAAGCCUCGCCGAGGAUCCACAGGCGUCGACACAUUUGCCUACAAGCGCUCCUUCAAGAUGGCAGACCUUGGCCUCACUGAAUGCUGUGGGGAUAGCAACCUGCGCUUUGAGAUCUGGUUCCGCCGUCGCAAGGCCAGGGACACCUUUGUGCUGCAAGCUGCCAGCUUGGCCACCAAGCAGGCUUGGACAGCUGACAUCUCUCGCCUGCUCUGGAGGCAGGCCGUCCACAACAAGGAGGUGCGCAUGGCUGAGAUGGUGUCCAUGGGUGUGGGGAGCAAGGCCUUCCGGGACAUCGCCCCCAGCGAGGAAGCUAUCAACGACCGCACCGUCAACUACUUCCUGAAGUGCCGAGGUAGCAGGCAGGCUAUAGGGGUCGGGGGUGAGGAGAGCUGCUGGAGGCAACAUGGACCUCUGUCAGCCUUGGCCUGUGCUCCCCUUGGGACCUUGGCCCAGGUGGGCUCUGGCCUGUCUCAACCUGACCCUCUCUCUUAUGCAGUUCGCUCUCGGGCCUCCAUUGCUGUGGCCCCAUUUGACUAUGACAGCCCCUACCUGGGGGCCUCGAGCUCCCUUCCUGGAGACCCUGCCUCUUGCUCUGUACUGGGGUCCCUCAACCUGCACCUGUACAGAGACCCAGCUCUUCUGGGCCUCCACUGGCCCCUGUAUUCCACCAGCUUCCCAGAGGAAGCAGCACUGGAGGCUGAAGUGGAGCUGAGCAGCCAGCCGUCUUUGACUCCUGAGGACUCAGAGGUCUCAUCCCAGUGCCUGUCAGCCAGUGGCUCCAGUGGCUCUGACAGCAGCUGUGUGUCAGGGCAGGCCCUGGGCAGGGGCCUGGAGGACUUGUCCUAUGUGAGUGCCAUUUUGCCCUAUACCCACCAGGCCCUCCCUAGCCCAGUCCAGGCCUGUGGCUGCCUUUCCUUUAGGUGGGGGCAUUGGGCCAGAGCCAUUCCCCAGAGACCCCACCUGGACCCUGAGCCAGGGAAAUAGGCAUUCAUGCCUAACUUGGCACCACAGGUCUGAGCCUGGGCUUGAAGGUGGACAGUGGACCCGGCAGUCUGUAGAUCCAAGGAACAUCACCUCCUCUCAGGAUCUGCUGUGACCAGGGCAUGGCUGGCACUUGGUCCAUCUCCAGCCCACGUGCACAGCCCUAUUGACUGCCCUUUCUGAGGUCUGUGCCCAUUGGCAGACCAGCAGGGGUCUCUCCAGGGGAGUCUGGCUGCAGAGCCUUCAGACUCUCAUUCAUGAGUUCAUUCAUGAGCACCCUGAUCCUGGGCUCCUGGCCCUGUAUCCCCUUCUUUUGUCCCCCUUUCCAGCUCCCAUCCCAGUUGUGGAUUAGGAUUAGGCUAAGCAGAGGGUGGGUGUUUGUUUCCAUGCUCUAGGCUGGUGGAGCACCAAGUGGCUCUGGCAGUGACUGGGCUGCCCCCCACCCUCAGGAGGAACACAGGUGGCUUCCCAGCAGCUGCUUCCCACCCCUAGAUCUCAAAGCCACAUUCCCCAAACUUAGGGGUAGGCCCAUCCCUAUUGGACCCUUACUCUUGCUUGCUGUAGCUCCCCAGGCCCAGCCCCUUCUUUCCUGGGUCAGUUUGAUUAUAUUUACUCAAUGCUUUUAGAAUAGCUUUCAAUUACAGUUGUUGUCUAAAAUUACUUCACUGGUUGUUAGGUCUUUGGUGUCUCAGAGAGGGAGUCCAGGCCCUUGGCUCAUGAUUUACACUUUAUUUGUUUAUAAUAAAAAAUAGACUGAUGCGCAUCCUUGAAUAGCACAUGCAUUCUGGGGAUAUCCCCAGUUAAAAUGAGCCUUGGCUGUUGUGGGU